CAGGCAAAAAUAUCAAAAUAUGUGGUUAACUAUUUGAAGUAGUGAUUAGAAAAACAUUGUUUUGGAAGAUGAUUAAACAAUAUAUGCAUUGGUUGAACUGUAUAUAAUUUUUUUUGGAGUUUCACAAUGUGAUGUAGAAUGAGUUCUACUAGUGAAUAUAGUGAUGAAUCUGACGACUCUUCCUCAACAAUGGACUCUUAUAGUGAUAUCGAGGGCAAAGACUUUUUCAAAUAUCCAUCUCCUUUGAGGCUUACCAAAAGUGUAGAUAUUUCUCAGAAAUCUUCUUGGUCUGAUAGUUCAAAUAGCGAUGGCAUUCUUGGUUGUACUAAAAGACAUAAGAAAAAAAGACUACCGCCAAUUGGUAUAUUUUGGGAUAUUGAAAACUGCCAGGUGCCUAGAUUCAAGAGCGCCUCUGCCAUUGUACAAAGAAUCAGAACUUUUUUUCUACAAAGUUAUCGAGAAGCAGAGUUCAUUGUUGUCUGUGAUGUUAAAAAAGAACACUCUCAAGUGAUUCAGGAACUACAUGACUCUCAGGUUAAUGUGAUACACGUUUCUUCAAUAUCUAAGAAUGCUGCUGAUGAAAAAUUGAGACAAUCUUUAAGACGUUUCGCAGAAGUCCAUCGACCACCUUGUGCUGUGGUUUUGAUAUCAGGAGAUGUUAAUUUCGCAGCUGAUCUGAGCGAUUUGAGGUUUAGGAGAAAAAUACGGGUGAUAUUAUUACAUAAUGCCAAUGUAGCAGACGCACUGAUUUUAUGUGCUAAUGAACAUUUCCUUUAUUAUGAUCUCAUUGAAGAUUUACCAAGGCAGAAAAAAGAGAAGGUGCUACCUGAUGAAGUAGCUAUUUUAGAGAUAACCAAUUUGCCGUUAAACUGCAAUUUUGGAAAAAUCAAAGCACGUCUUAAAAUUCUGACCGACAACUGCGGUGGUAGAGUAGAAGAUAUUCAUCCAGAAGGUAGAGCUACCGUCAGAUUUUCAACAUUGGAUUUCGCAUUAAGAGCACAAAAACGUAUCAAUGGGGAAGAUGUAUAUGGAAGUAAGAUUCAAGCAUCUGCCCCCUCUAUCAGGAAUUACUCAGGGAGGAAAACAAAAAACGAGAAUAUGAAUUACCCAUCAAUACCUAGUUUUUACGCUGCUAACCCAUUGGACAUUUCUCAUAUGAUUACAAAUACACCAUGGAGGGCAAACUACCCAUUGCCCCCACCAGCUUUUCAACCGGAUCCAAGUCAAGCUUCUGCAAAUAUUCUCUGGAGACAGUGCGAGCGACCUCUGGCAAGGGAUGCUGGAGAAAGCAACUAUUUCCGUCCAAUCCAAGGAGCCCAGAGCAUGUUAAGUAAUCCAGAACCAAGUUAUGAUAUGCGCAUUUCUGAUAUCAGACCCAGUAACUCAGAAACAGUACAGAAUAUGAAUAUUCCUAAUCGUAAUCAGAAAGUCGGUAUUGAUUCUGAGGUCAGCGAUGAUUCGAAGACUACAAACGAAAAUUGUAAACUACAGAACGCAGUUGAUAAGCAACCUGUGGAUUUAGUCAUAUCAAAUUUGGAUUCGUCAAUUGGAUUAUCAGAUUUGAGGCGUUUAUUGACCAACAUGCUCAAAGAAUAUGCUAUGAUUUGUAAUUUGAAGAUUUCUACACAAGCAGAUGGAUCGACAUCCGCAAACAUCAGGGUAUCUAGUCAACAAGAAGCUCAAUUUGCAAUAUCACAGCUUCAUCGACAAAAACUUGGACAGAAAAGAAUCGUCAUAUCAUACGCUCAGAAUAAUGUUUCUGAUCCUGAACAUCUGAAAGCUCUUAUAGUUAACAUUCUGCAGGAAGCACCGGAAAAAUGCAUGGCACUUUUCAAAUUUAUGGCUCUAUUGGAAUCGAGAUAUCAUUGCACUAUAUCUGUAUCGGAAGUGAACAAACUGAAAGACGUUUGCAAGAUAACGGAAGAGCAAGGCUGUCGCAUCAUCUCACUCACCCAGGAAGUUAAGGCUUCUCCCCCUCCAAACUUGAAUAAGAUUAUUUUAUCCUACUGUACAGUGCACUGUCCGAACGGUCUUCAGUCUGGCGGUUGGUGUGAAAUCAACACCAUACAAUCACCGAAUGUCAUGAUCUCACUGAAAUUUUUCUGCAAUCAGUUGUACACCUUGCUGGACAUUCAUAUGGGUUCGUUGCCCUUCUUAAGUUUUCAAGCAUGUUAUGAACAAACAUUCCGUAUUCCGUUGCCCGUUGAUGAUACAGGGGUACCCUUAGAGCAUUUUGUGAUGUGUGUGCCUAAUAUUUCUAUCAAACAAGUUGGACCAAACAAAACCAUAAAGAUAAUUAAAAGAGAGAAUAAGAAAGUUGUUAACGAUGAAGAAACAUUUCUCAAGGGUGUACCACCAUCUAUAGCUCCAAAUAUAUACUUGUUGUGCCGAGAAGUGGUCGAUUUAUUGCGAACUAUGGAUAAAUGUCAGUUGCCGCUGGCUAAAUUCAUUCCCGCCUAUCAUCAUCAUUUUGGGAGACAAUGUCGUGUAGCCCACUACGGUCAUACGAAAUUGGUUGAUUUGUUUGAGUCUAUGUCCCAUAUUGUGCAGAUCAUUGGCGAUGGCACACGCAGGCUAAUCACACUGUCACAUUCUGCACAAAUGAGGAGAUUCACAUCUGAUUUGCUCAAAGUAUUAAAAGUCCAGCCUUGCAAGCAGAUAUCAGUAUUAGAGUUCCCCGCUGCUUAUGAAAAAGUCAUUAACAAACCUUUCUCCCCAAUUGACUAUGGAUUGUGCAAUUUCGAAGACUUGCUGGGCGAACUGCCGGAAAAUACCAUCGUUUUGAGCAAGAAAGAUGAUAAACUCACGAUUGCCGUUCCUAAGAGAGAGCAAUCGCCCAAAGAAAUUGCCAAAACUAAAGAGUUUUCAGUCGAGGUGGUGGAACUGUUGAGACAUUCGCCAUACUGUACCAUAAUUUUUCAUAAGUUUGUACCUGCAUAUCAUCAUCAUUUUGGAUACCAAUGCAAAGUAUCGGAUUAUGGUUUCACUAAAUUAAUUGAAUUAUUUGAGGCAAUACCAGAUGUAGUAAAGAUUAUAGAAUUAUCCGAUGGCGAAAGAGCAGUAUGCUUAACAUUACCUAAAAUGUUGAAAGUGCUAGGCUCUCAGCUCUUGUCCUUGAUAAAGAAUUCGAGCCUUUCUAGUAUUUCUUUGGAAGAUUUUCCUGUUUUGUAUCUUAAAGAAUUUGGAUAUCCGUUCAAACCAGAAGCCUAUGAAUGUGAAACUGUUGAACAAGUUAUAAUGAAUCUACCUGAAUAUGUUCAGCUUCUGCAAACUUCAAUAGGCUCUUACAUAAUUCCAGUAGAACAAGAUCCUAUCCAAAUAUUUAAAGUGAGAGCAUGGUCUAUUCUGUUAGAACCGCCUUAUUGCAAAGAAUAUGCUUUCUUCAAAAUUGAAUACCAUACUAAAUAUAACAGCCAUUGGACAGUUGAAAACCUCAAUGAACUGAAAAAUGUAUUAUCGAUCUCAUAUUCUAACAAUAAAAACUACAUAUCCUUGACUAGACAAUACGUCUUGGCCGCUCAAUUGUACCAGGUUUUAUAUAAUAAUGGUGGUCAGAUUGUCUACAAUGAAUUAGAAAGAGGCCUUUUUGCUUGCUAUGGCAACGAAAUUAAAUUAGAAGACUAUAAUAUACAUUCGCCAAACGACCUCAUGAAGUGUUUCAAUUUUUUAAUCUUUCUCAGAGGAAGUGGACCAAAUCCUCUUAUAAGUUUCAAUAAAAUUCUUGCAGAUCAUCAAGUACCACUUCCGACUCCUUUGCAAGAAGUCAAACCGAUAAGGAGAGAAGAAGAACGCAGUUGCAAGUGGUUACAAAUCGGACAUGAUGCACCUCAUCGGAAAAUAGCACCACCCAAACCUGAUACCCCACCUUCUCCCGGGACUGUUUUAUAUUGGAAUUCUCCUAAUGCCUAUGGGGGAAGUAAAAUUACAUGUUUUCAGGACUUUUCGAUACGGAUGCCUCUAUUCCAAACACCGAGAUUAAUGGAGAAGGAUAUAAAGGAACUGAUUUCUCCAGCUCACCAACUUUAUGCAGGAGAUAACAAUCCAUGGAGCGUCAGAAAUAAUAUUUUUCAAACUUUUACACCUCCCGAUGCAACGGAAUUACCUCUGCCUGAUAAGCUUAUAUCCAGAGGAGUUAUUUCUGAUGACUCCAAUGACUCUGGAGUGAACACAAAAUUGGACAUAUCUCCAUCUGACUUAGAUAAUAUGGGGGCAUCCCUCAAUCAUAACAUGGAAGCAGAGGAAAGAAAUGAAUGUCAAAGAAACCUACCUCAAGAGAAUACAGAAAGUUUGGUAGCUAAAUGUUCUUUUAUGCGUUGAGUAGCUCUUUAUAAAGACUCUCUAAAGUGGAGGUAUAUAGCCAACGUGUGCGCUAUAUUUUUGGAUUUCAACUAGACCAAACUCCAAAACUAGUCUCAGUGUGAUUUUGUUAUAAUUUUACUGUGUGAUUUAACUUGUUUGUAAUCCAGUGAAUUGCAUUUUAUCGAGAGAUCAUUUUGAAACGACAAACUUUGAUGAAAACCACAUUUAAUGAUAAUGAAUGAAUAUUUGUUGAGCAGGAGAAGUAAUCAAUAUGUAGAGAGAGAGAUUUUAUUUUUUUAUUACUGAAGACCUUCUCUUAUUAUUAAAAUUUGAUCGUGGGGGAUAUUAUAUUAUUUCCAGACUCAAAAUGUUUUGAAUCUAAAAAUUUAUAAUACUCUUCCGAGGUCGAUUUAUAAAAAAAAAAACUAUUUCAUAAUUCCUCUCUUUUGUAUUUUGUUUGGUUUAAUACCCUCAACUAUUUUCAUUUUAAAUGUUAUUGUUGUUACAAAUUGUAUUGUAGAUAGUUGGCAUUACUAUCCAAUAUGAGAACGAAAUGAUAAUAACAAUUAUAUACAUAAUGUUAACAGAAUAUUUAUGUAGAUAUGUUAAAAAUUAGCUGAAAAAUGUUGACAUUGAACAGUAUUCGAAAUGAAAUUGAGUGCAAUACUGAAAAAUCCUUCAAUAAUGGCAAGGCAAUAACUUGUUCCAAAAUGAUCUUGUGUGAAGACUAUUUAAUAUAUUUAAUUGUAAAAUCUGAAGCAUUCCUACUUUGUUAAAUGUAUUUUGUGAUUAGUAUUGUUAUUGUUCUUUAUUUUUUUGCUUUAUACCGUGUUUUUUAUGUUUUUUUGUCAGCGUUUAUAAAAACCAGCCCUCAAUGUCCCGCCACUGAAACAUCAGUUCAGUCAAAAAUCAAUUCAGCAUUUAUAUAAAUUCAUUUUCCUAAAUAUUUAUUUUUAUGAAAAAUGUGACAAUUAAUUUAUGAAGUAGUAUAGGAAUAGAAUUGAAAUUUUUAUCUGUAAUUAAUAUUUUUUAACAAAAUCAGUACUGUAAAAUUUUUGUAAAAUGUUAGUAAAUCCAUUUUUGUACUUUCA